GUUUUGAAGCAUAAUUUCAGCCGUUUAAUCAGCAUUAAAUUUUACGUUUUAAUAUUUGUUAUUAUUUUUUCCCUGUUGAAAUAUUAUUUGGGUACCGUUUCAAAAACUCCGUCGAAAUGAACGGCGAUUGUCGGCACGACGAGUACCAGUACUUAGACCAAAUUUCAUUAAUAUUAAAUCAUGGCCGUGUGAAGGAUGAUCGAACUGGAACUGGGACAAAAUCUUAUUUCGGAACUCAAGCUCGGUACAAUUUAAGAAAUGAUACGUUUCCCAUGUUGACCACUAAGAAAGUGUUCUGGAGGGGUGUUUGUGAAGAACUGCUAUGGUUUAUUUCCGGAAGCACCAAUGCCAAUGUCUUAAAAGAGAAAGGGAUCCAUAUUUGGGAUGGAAACAGUUCAAAAGAGUUUAUGCAAUCGCAAAAUUUAUCAUACCCAGAAGAAGGAGAUCUUGGACCUAUCUAUGGUUUUCAAUGGAGGCAUUUUGGUGCAGAUUAUAUUGAUAUGUCUAAAGAUUAUACAGGUCAAGGUGUGGAUCAACUUUCUAAUGUAAUAAAUCUCAUAAAAGAAAAACCACAUGACAGACGUAUGAUAAUAUCUGCAUGGAAUCCUGUGGACAUACCAAAAAUGGCUCUUCCACCAUGUCAUUGCCUAGCUCAGUUUUAUGUUUGUGAUGGUGAACUUUCAUGUCAGUUAUACCAAAGAUCUGCUGAUAUGGGUCUUGGAGUGCCAUUCAAUAUUGCUAGUUAUGCUUUACUAACAUACAUGAUUGCCCAUGUUACUGGUUUGAAGCCUGGUGAUCUUGUUCACACACUCGGCGAUGCUCAUAUAUACUCAAAUCACAUCGAAGUUUUGAAAGAACAAAUUACUAGAACACCGAAGCCUUUUCCAAAACUUCGGAUCAAGCGUGAUGUGAAAAAUAUUGACGAUUUCAUCUUUAGUGAUUUUGAAUUGAUCGGAUAUGAACAUCAUCCUCCUAUAAAAAUGAAAAUGGCUGUGUGA